AUGCUCUACACCUUGGCCCCUGAAGUUCGAUCCUCAACAUUCGAUUACCUGACCAUUGAUCAAUUCAACAUCUUGAAAUUUACCCCAGAUACGCUCCCCGUCGGAGGCGUGAUUCCGCCGCAGUGCUUCGAGUGUUCGCUAGCCACUAACGCGCACAUAAACAAGCAAUUGCUCGACAUACUGUUUGGAAAAUUCGAGGCCCUGCGGAUCUCUUAUCACGCCGAGAAGGACGAGCGCAAGAAGCUUGAAGUCAAGCUUCAGAUAUCGACUUGCAAGAAAAGAAUAGACAAAGCCAUCGAGGAAUUGACAGCUUACCAAACCACUGCGGGAAAAAAGUGGUAA